CACCUCUCUCUCUCUAUCUAUCGCUUUCUCUUUCAUCUCUCUCUAAGAUGAUGUUCAUGGUGGCGACAUCUUCAAAGCAGAGUACAGGUGUUCAUCUUUAGAUCCAUCAUCAAACCCUAAUUUCAACAAUCAAUAUCUUGAUUAAAUGGGCAGAUUAAAUCACAGAAAAUCCAACUUUAAUUUCGUUACAAACACCUGGGUUUUAAUCCGGAUCACUUCUUGUUUCUCUUGACCGCCAUGGAAGCUGCUGAAACCUUCCUUUCUCUUCAUUAAUUCUUCAUCGUUUUUCUUCUUUUUUGAUGCUCAGAAACAGAUCCAGAACUGUUAUCAAACAACAACCGAUCAUGGCGGAUCAACAAGCUCCUUCUCUUUCUUCACCCACGACCCGACCCGUUUCAUCCUUCCUUCCUUCUCCAAGGUUCUUCAAUGGCCUCUUCUCCCCCAAAACCCUAACCGAUUCAGAACCUUCACCCACUUCGAUUCUCGAUAUCCACAAAAAUUUCAACUAUAACCCAUUGGGUAUCAACAAAACCCGAAUCAAACCCACGAAGAGCUUCCAUGAAAUCAAAAACCCAUCUGAGAAAUUCGAUCAUGAAGGGAUCGCUCUAGCCCUAAUUGAAGAACAACCCGAUGAAACCAUUAAUAAACCCAAUACAAUUAGCCGUAAGGUUCUGUUUGCAUCAAAUCUAAAGAUUCAAAUCCCAUCGUCUACCUUAUCUUCAACUGGAUCCCCCGAAUCUCCCGGCGAUUAUGGAAUCAAGACCCGGAACUCGCAGUUUUCGGGUACUCCGACUGGAUUCGGGUCGCCUCGAGCUUUCACGGGUCCUUUGUCUUUGAGUGAGAUGGAGCUUUCGGAAGAGUAUACCCGAGUGAUUUCUCAUGGGCCAAACCCGAGAACCACCCAUAUUUAUGAUAACUGUGUUGUAGAAAGCUGUUGUGGUGUAAUCGGGUCGCCCGAAUUCAAGAAGCCUGGUCCGAAAUCGCCAUGUGAGAGUUUCUUAAGCUUAUGUCAUGCCUGCAACAAGAAUCUUGGAGAAGGAAGUGAUAUCUUCAUGUACAGGGGUGAGAAGGCCUUUUGCAGUGAAGAAUGCAGAUGCCAAGAAAUGGUUUUGGAUGGAUUGAUGGACUCAUAGUAACCACUAUGUUGAAAUGACUAUUUUACCCUUUCUUGUAUUCAGUGUUUCAAGCUCACCAGGGUCUGUCUUGAGCAUUGAUGACCAAGAUGGGAAUUUUGCUAUGUUUGUGCUUUUGAUUGGAUUGUAAUGAUAGUAAUUGAGGUAGGGUGGAUCAUGGAUGAUUACUGGGGUAGGGGUGUUGGGUUUUUGUUUUAUUUUUACUUUUUUUAUUAAAUAAUUUUUGUUUACCAUUCCACUAUAUCCUUGUAAUGAUUCUGUAGAAAAAGAAAAAGGAAAGUUGUGGUGAUUGAUGUUAUUUUUGGA